UCGCUCUUCAACAUCCCCGGAUGUUUGUUGCAAAUAUCAACGUCAAUCUUCACAGGACAGUUUGGAAAUAUCGGAAUUCCAUGUUGCAAGGAACUUUUGGAUUUAAGUGAAAAUUGUUUACCAUCCAUUUUUCCUCUAAAUCCGUUUGUUCCUCUUCUCAAAAGUAGUUGUUCUAAGGCCGUGGCACCUCCUCCUACAUCAAAAUAG